AUGGGAUCAAAUGUAGCCGAGUUUAUGGCUGCAGAGGCUGAAAAGGACAAAUUAGCAAUCGUCAAUCAAAAAGUAGAAAGUACGAGAGCUUUAAGCCCUGCGAUUAGCAGCCUCAUCUCGGAUCUUGCAGUAAGUGCCCUCGUUAAUUAUUUAACAAAUCGGGUGUCCCAAGCUGGGGAGGUUCAGAUAUACCGAGCUGGACUAUCGGAAAUUGCAAGGUGUUUGACCACCAUUGCAAAGAUGCCUAAAUUUAUUAAAUCAGAAGAGGACCUCAAACGUGGUCUUUUGAAUUGUUUAACCUCUAAUGAAGGUUUUGCUUCUUUUGUUUUUCCAGCGUUAUUCCAGAAAUUAGACUCUGAAAGCGUCAGGGCAGAUGUCAAGAUUGAUGUAUUCGAUGCCAUGCUUGAAUGCAUACGCAACUAUACUAAUGUUUCGGAAUUCUCAACCACAAUAUGGGAUACUUUGAAAUGGGAGGUUUGGAACGGCGAAAAUGAAGAUUUUAUUAAUCGUUCCAUAGAAAAUAUUGCUGCGGUUGCCAGCCAACUAGGCCGACAGUCUUCUAACAUUAAAGACGAUAACGAUAAGUUGGCCAAAUACAUCAACCACGUUACUCAAGAAUGCAUUACAAUAUUUACCGACGAUACAAAGAAGAGAAUGAUUCUCCCAUGUGCUCGUAUUCUAAGCAAAAUUGCAAGCACCUCCCCACAUGCUUUCACCCUCACUUUUAGGAACACACUGCCAACUAUUUUCACCUUAUGGCAUCGACUGGAUACUAUUAGCGACAAGGCACGAUUAGUCGAGUCUUUAAAUAUCAUCCUUGAAACACGUUCAAACAUUUCAAAUACUAAGGAUGCAAAAGUGGUUUCGGGUACGACCGUCAUGAAUGAAGAUUUCGACGGCUUCCGAGGAAGUCUUGUUGAAGUAUACUUUGAUGAAGAUUUCGACGGCUUCCGAGAAAGUCUUGUUGAACUAUACUUUGGCGCCAUGUCCGGGUCGUCUAGUGAUCUUGAUUUACAGAUUGCCACCACUAAAGGUCUCACACUUUUGGCCACAAUCCGCAACAAUUCCGUGAACCGACCGUUUUUAAAUUCUUUCGAGCAAGGAACAAUCAUUGAAAAGCUCAAUGAGACCGCCUUUGAUAUGAAAAUAGCUGAGGAGCUUCGCACGUUGGCCGUGACCUCUCUUUCCACCUUGUCGGUUCAAUAUCCAGACACUUUUAUCAAUAUCACGCUUCCAAAUUUUGUUGGAAGACUUCCGGAUCAGUUGAAGCCAGAGAAUGGUGACGGAUCUGAUUUCUCCCGCAUAGUCGGGCUUCUGGACUCCCUUGUGGAUAUUGCGUGCAAAUCAGUUUGUCAACGUGAAUUGGAUGCCCCUGACUCCGAUUCCAAGAUUCAUUUCAAAUUUAGAUUAUUCACCGCUUUGCAAUCUGAACUGAUUAUGAGAUUUACGCAACACAUUUCCAAAAACGCAGCCCAGAAAUCAUAUCAAAUGGCCAUUCUAGCCGCAAUUUAUCGAGGAUUGCAAGUGUUUGAUGACGCACUUGCCAAUGAUAAGACCAUGGGAGAACUCUUCUCUAACACCGGUGACACUAUCGAUCCUUAUGCUUUCAUCGCCAUUGCAUUAUUCAAGCGAGUCAUUGGGCUUUUUCAGCAUGAGACUGGCAACUUAAAAGGUAGUUGGUUUGUUGGUAUCUCCGAGGUUGACAAGGGGGAAUAUUUCGAUGAUUCCGUUGUUGCACUUGUUGGAACAAUUGGGACGUAUAUACUUCGAUCCAAUACCACCUCGCACGAGAAUAACUUUUUGCUCAAAGCAAAUGCAGAAAAUCCAACUGAGCCAAGUCGAGUUUGGACUCUGUUCAACUUUGGAGCUCACACAAGAGCGGAUCUCGGUGUUUGUCAGCAAGACCUUCGCAGUGGCCCUUCUAACAAAUGUUCCGCCAACAUUCUUUCCGCAGCAUUAAUAGCUGGAAUUCGUAAAGAAGAUGUGGGUCGGUUAGGUCUGACUGCUCACGAAACCGCCAAGUCAAUGCUUUUGAACGCCAUUUCUGUGGAAAACAAGUGUUCAAGACCAGCUCGACUGGGUAUGUUACAAAUGCUUCAACUCCUCGUCAACAAAUUUGGUGCAGACAAAAAGUCAUUUGAAGAUGGAAAACUACUCCACGAUGUCAUGCUCCAGCUAGUCAAGGAGGCAACCUCAAAGCCUGACCCAGAAGCAUAUCAAAUCUAUCAAGCCUUGGCUUAUUUUGCUGCAGCAACAGUCGCAGCAUAUGAGCCAUGCAGUACGGCACUUAUCAACGCCAUGAUGCAAGGCAUUUCUGACCCAAAGCGCGGCCGGAAGAUCGCUCAAAGCUUCGCAAUCCUUCUGGCUCCAUCCAAUAUCAUGAACGAUAGCAACUUUUGUACCCUUCGGCCCCUUCGAUUUGGUCGCCUUUACAGCACUACUGUUAGCGAACUCAUCACUCUCUGGCGAUCCAAUGACAAUAGCCGUAUUAAAGAAAACUGCCUCAUUGCUCUCGUUGGUAUUCUUCGAUAUAUGCCAGCAAAGAUCUUGCAGGACAAUGCCGCACAAAUUCUUCCCAUUGCUCUAGCUGGUACCGAUGUCCCAGACAAGGCCACGAAAGAUGCCAGCAUGAAUAUUAUGAUCGUCCUAAUGCCUGAGAAUCCUAGUUUGAUCGAAGAACACCUCGAUUCGAUCAUCAAUCGCAUGACGGAUCGUACGCACAACACAUACGAUUCGCCCUCGGAUGCUACUGUGGAAGCAAGAUCUAAGGCUUUGGAUGUACUUGGUAUGCUUCCAACUUUGGUAGAGAAUGGACUCCUCUUGAAAAGGAAAAAUGCUGUGCUAAAAGAACUCGGUAUUGCACUCGAUGAUUGUUCUAGAGAGGUUAGGAUGAGGGCUGAUAGAUGUAAAAUGAUUUGGUUCAAUUUGUAA